GGGGGCCGCGGGGCCGGCUCCCACGUCCCGCAGCCGUGUCGCCGCGCGCCCUCCCCUCGGGGCGGUCCCGCUCGGGGCUCGGCGCGGCGAAGCAAGGGCCGGAGCCUGGUGCGGCGCGGCGGCCGAGGCCCGAGAUGGUGAUCUGCUGCGCGGCCGCGAACUGCUCCAACCGGCAGGGCAAGGGGGAGAAGCGCGCCGUCUCCUUCCACAGGUUCCCCCUAAAGGACUCAAAACGACUGAUCCAGUGGCUCAAAGCUGUUCAAAGGGAAAACUGGACCCCCACUAAGUAUUCUUUCCUCUGUAGUGAACAUUUCACCAAAGACAGCUUCUCCAAAAGGCUGGAGGACCAGCACCGCCUGCUCAAGCCCACAGCUGUGCCCUCCAUCUUCCACCUGACUGAGAAGAAGAGGGGGUCUGGAGGCCAUGGCCGCACCAGGAGAAGAGACACCAGAAAGGCCUCUGGGGGCCUGAGGGCACGAGCGAGUGACGCAGACGGGAGGGUUGCUGCGGGUCCAUCCUCCUCCUCAAGGGAGAGCCUGUCUGCUGGACCAGAGCCCUGCAGGGUGAAACGGGCCACGCCACAGGGUGAGACUGCUCCCAGGGCCGCCCGGGGAGCCGCAAGCCAGGAGCGGGCACCACAGACACCAGAUGGAGCUCCAGGAGAUGGUCUGGCUGCCAAGGCAUCAGGCAGCCAGGGAGAUGCAGUCACACCCACUGGGGAUGCUGGCGAUGAGAACGCUGCCUCCCCCAAUGGGGGCUUGGUGGAUAAGAGUGGUAUUUCCAUGGAUGACUUUAGCCCCCCAGGAUCUGGGGCAUGCAAAUUUAUUGGUUCGCUUCAUUCUUAUAGUUUCUCCUCAAAACACACUCGAGAGAGGCCGUCUGUCCCCCGAGAGCCUGUCGACCGAAAGCGGCUGAAGAGAGACCUGGAGGCCGGCUGCAGUGGGACAAGCCUGGGGCCCGACAAGGGCUUGGCCCAGAGCCCCCCGAGUUCCUCCCUCACAGUGACACCGCAGGAGCCGUCCCAGAGCCCCUCCGCCCCUCCGGCAGAUGUCACCCCGAGGCCAGCCGCAGAAGCUGUGCAAAGUGAGCACCGCGACGCCAGCCCCAUGUCCAUCAACGAGGUCAUCCUGUCGGCAUCAGGGGCCUGCAAGCUCAUCGACUCGCUGCACUCCUACUGCUUCUCAUCCCGGCAGAGCAAGAGCCAGGUGUGCUGCCUGCGGGAGCAGGUGGAAAAGAAGAACGGCGAGCUUAAGACCCUGCGGCAGAGGGUCAGCCGCUCUGACAGCCAGGUGCGAAAGCUGCAGGAGAAGCUGGACGAGCUGAGAGCGAGCUUCCCCCGCCUGAGCAGCCUGCUGCCCGCCGGCCGCGAGCCACCCACGAUGAGCCCAGUGGUGGAGCCGCUGUCCUGGAUGCUGGGCACUUGGCUGUCAGACCCACCAGGAGCCGGUACCUUCCCGACACUGCAACCCUUCCAGUACUUGGAGGAGGCGCACAUCUCCCAUGCCGGCCAGCCCGUCCUGAACUUCUCGUUCAACGCCUUCCACCUGGACACACGCAGACCCAUGCACAGGGAGUGCGGCUUCAUCCGCCUUGAGCCGCACACCAACAGGGUGGCCUUCGUCAGCGCCCAGAACACAGGCAUCGUGGAAGUGGAGGAGGGUGAGGUGAACGGGCAGGAGCUGAGCAUCGCAUCCCACUCCAUUGCCAGGAUCUCCUUCGCCAAGGAGCCCCAUGUGGAGCAGAUUACCCGAAAAUUCAGGCUGAAUUCUGAAGGCAAACUUGAACAGACCGUGUCCAUGGCAACCACUACCCAGCCCAUGACUCAGCAUCUUCACAUCACCUACAAGAGGGUGACCCCGUGACCCAGAGUGCAGCUUCGUCCAGGGCAGGGCCUGGCCACGUGGGGCUGUGACGCUUCGCCUCUGCCCCGCAGCCCGUGGGUGUGGCUCGGGUCCCCUGGGUUCCAGAGUGUUGCCAUGUGUCGGUGUAAUGGCAGAGAAAAACCAAAUAAAAGGCCUUUAUUUUUAUGGCUGA